GAGGCCGAAGAGCUGGAGGUGCAAGUGAUUGAGACGUUCAAGAGGGUGCUUGGGGAGGAGCAUCCAGACACGCUGACCAGCAUGAACAAUCUUGCAUUUACGUUGAAGGGCCAAGGUUAUCAGGGCAAGGCCAUAUCAUUAAUGGAGGGCUGCUUCCAGCUGCGAGAAAAGGUUCUUGGCCCCCAGCAUCCGUAUACAGCAUCAUCGCUUUCAUGUCUAAACGAGUGGCGGCUGGAGGCGAUGAAUAUCGCCAAGAUGUGCUGGAACUCCUCCGGAGAAAUUUUUUCCGUAAUUGAAACGGCAAUACUAGGGAAGCGCAACUGCAGAACACGAUUCGGCACUAAAUAUCGCCACCACCAGCAGGGAGAAUGGCCGACCAACUCCGACCACACCCCUGCGAGUUUGGACUGUGAUAAUGAAGUACCCGAAGUCGGCUUUGCUUACGGCGGACAAUUAAAGGCAACAUUGCUCGAGCACGUUGGGACCGGUCGAGUACUCUCACAUAGCCUAUCAAGGUUGUGCGCCCCAUUCACCAAAUUGCGGGGCAUGUUCCAUCACCCAGGAUAUGUCAGGGCUCCCAACGGGGCGUACUUCUGUCCGUUCAAAGUGAGCCGUACUAGUCACGUGUUCAGCACGAACGUACCCGGUUUAGAACCGGGGGAGCGCCCAAAAUGGCAGCAGGAGCAAAUUCGAAUAUAUUUGAGACUCUAUCGUCACUUGCAUCACCUCCAUCGAGCCGACCUACCUCGCCGCCGCCAUUAA